AGAGGGUGGUUUCACACUUGAAGGUGUUAUUUUUUUCUCUCUUUCUCUCUCAUGCUCUUGGGAAUCUAAACAGCACAUUUCAGCUACCAGAUGUUUGAGGGGAGUAGCGUCCACCAAAGGCUGUGCUGGGGAGCUCUCUACCUGUUGGCAGCAGGGGUUGCAUUGACAUCUGAAACACACUGGCUGUGUCCAUCAUCCUGCCGCUGUAAUGCUACAGUGCUGGAAUUGAAUUGUUCUCUUAGCCAACUUACCAGAGUGCCCGACGGUCUCCCACAAGAAGCCAAACUGCUAAACCUAACCCACAAUGCAAUCAAGACUUUGGCGCGUCAGCAGUUCCACGCACUGACAAAGCUGUUGGACUUGGAUUUAAGCAACAAUCUUUUGGUAAUAAUUGAAGUGGAAGCCUUCCUUGGCUUGCAGAGUCUGAGAACUCUGCGCCUUUCUCACAAUCACCUGAAGAUUAUUCCAGUGGGAGCGUUUGCUAGCUUAACAAACCUCCAGUUACUGGACAUAAGCAGCAAUCAGAUUCUUGUUUUCCUUGACUUCACUUUUAGGGAAUUAGCGGCCCUGCGGUUCAUGAAAGCUGCAGAUAAUGAUGUGGUUUACAUCUCUCAUCAAGCUUUUACAGGACUAACCAGUCUGCAGGAGCUGCACCUUGAUGGCUGCAACCUCACUGCUAUGCCAACAGAGGCGCUCACACAGCUUAGCGUGCUGAGAAGCCUUCAUUUUCACCGACUGGGCCUCACUGCCCUGCCAAACUACUCUUUCAGCCACCUAGUCCACCUAAAGGAACUUGUCAUUUCUCAUUGCCCCUGGCUGGAGAGUCUGUCAGGAAACAGUCUCUUUGGCUUAAAUCUUACAUCCCUAACCAUUAAACAUGGCAACCUAAGUGCCUUCCCCUACAUCCCCUUGCAUCACCUUGUAUAUCUCAUAUACCUUGACCUUUCUUUUAACCCCAUCACCUACAUUCAUGCAAACCUUAUUGGAGAUUUGCUUCGGCUCCAAGAGUUACAUCUUGUUGGGGGAUCACUGCUGCGGAUCGAAAUUGGAGCAUUCAGGGGUUUAGCACAUUUCAGAUUGCUGAAUGUGUCCAGAAACCAUCUCACCACACUUGAAAUUGGAGCUUUUUAUUCAGUGGACACCCUAAAAACUCUAGGACUUGAUAACAACCCACUGGCAUGUGACUGCCGUUUGGUUUGGGUGGUGCAAAGGCGACUGUACGUGGACUUCGGUGGAAAUCCACCAACUUGUAUUACCUCAGUCCAGCUGCAGGGCUGGAAUUUUCUGGAUUUCCCCGAGGCUGAGCUGCCGGAUUUACUCACCUGUCGGCCACCUCGAAUUCUGAACCGCAAAGCUCAGGUAGCGAGACUAGACCAGGGACACACGGUAGUGUUUUCCUGCAGUGCAGAAGGUGACCCUCUGCCAUCUGUCAGAUGGUUAAACCCACAGCUAAGACCUCUAUUGCCCAUAGGCAGAGUACGAGCUCUCUCCAAUGGCUCGCUGGAGGUUCGCUAUGCUCAACCUCAAGAUAGUGGCAUAUAUCUCUGCGUGGCAUCAAAUGCAGCAGGAAACGAUAGCCUGCGCGUCAGCCUUCACGUCCGAGCCUUUCCAUCAUCUUCUAAGAAACCCUUUCGUCUGAAAGGUUGGUCUGCCUUUCCAUCUGCUGUUCCAGGUGUGAACGGAAAUUCAAAACUCCCAUUUGACGUAAAGACGCUACUGAUAGCGGCAACCAUUGGGUUUCUCUCAUUUUUCAGCUCUGUGAGUGUAUGUUUCAUUUUCAUGUUCUUAUGGAGUAAGAGCAAAGGGCAAAUAAAACACACAGCCACGAUUGCAUAUGUGCCACGAAGCGCCAUGUCGAGUAGUAAUGGAGGGACGAGCAACUAUAUGGAGACAGGCAGAUUUACUAUGAAACUGAUAUGAAUCAAUAAGUAAAGCAUCUGCUAUGAUCUGGUAGGAGUGAAUAAACUGCAAGAUGCUUGCUUUUAUUUGUUUUUGUUUUUAUUAUUGAAUCUGAUAAAUAUGAG